AGUAGAAGCGUUCUUUUCUCUUUACAUACACAACAUUAUGCAAGCACUAGGUUCUUCACUCUCAGUCCCAGAUUGCACUCUUCCGGUGCCCAGAUUCUCAAUUAAUUCCACUCUUCCAAAUUUUGCAUCUUUUGUGUCCACCCUGAGCCCCUCCAAGGUUGGAAUCAGAUUGAGUUUGACUUUUGGUUGUGGGGUUAGGAGUAGUAGGUGUGAUAGUUUUGGGGUCCAGUGUUUAGGGUCCAAUGGAGGAGAAAAUGAUGAUGGGUUUUACAUCAGAAGAUGUGUAGAGCUUGCAAGGAAGGCUCUUGGGUUUACCAGCCCCAAUCCAUUGGUGGGAUGUGUCAUUGUAAAAGAUGGGAAAGUUGUUGGUGAAGGCUUCCACCCUAAAGCAGGGCAACCUCAUGCUGAGGUGUUUGCUCUGAGAGAUGCUGGUGAUUUGGCACAAAGCGCAACGGCUUAUGUGAGCUUGGAACCUUGUAACCAUUUUGGUAGGACUCCACCUUGCACUGAAGCUCUAAUUAAAGCCAAAGUGAAAAAGGUUGUUGUUGGGAUGGUGGAUCCAAAUCCCAUUGUUGCCUCCAAAGGGGUGGAAAGAUUGAGAGAUGCAGGAAUUGAAGUAAUUGCGGGUGUAGAGGAAGAACUGUGCAAGAGCCUCAACGAGGCAUAUAUUCAUCGCAUGUUGACUGGAAAGCCUUUACUUACUUUGAGAUAUUCUCUUUCUGUCAAUGGAAACUUCGUGGACUUACUUGGAAAUGGAGUUACAGACUCUGGUGGAUACUACUCAAGGCUAUUACAAGAAAAUGAUGCAGUCGUAACCUCUUCUUCCUUAUUCAGUGAAAAUUUUUCAAUUCCUACAUCUCAAGAACCUGGGGCCAACCAACCAAUUCGGAUUAUAAUACAUAAAGAUCAUAGUUCUUCGAAUCAAAUUCCACUUGCCAUCAAUGAAGUUGCUGGCAAAGUGAUAAUCUUUACGGACAAUAAAACAGAAAUAGCUCUAGAAGUGGCUCAACAAGGAAUUGAAAUUGUAGCUCUGGAUCAAAUAAAUUUGGAUGUGAUCUUGGAUUAUUGUAAUCGUCAAGGAUUGUGCAGUGUUCUGUUAGAUAUUAGAGGGAGUUUCAGUGAGUUUGAAGAGCUUGUUAAGGAGGGUAUCAAGAAGAAUUAUAUUAAUAAAUUUGUCACAGAAAUUUUGCCAUUUUGGAACGGAUGUGCUGAGCCAGAUCCUCUACAGACAAUGAAGAGCUUAGAGCUAGGAGUAAAAGUGGUAAAUUUGAAGUCCAGGGCCUCUGAUCAGAGUGUUGUAAUUGAGGGGUGUUUUAAAUUUGAGUAAAUGGGAUCACAGGUGCCUACCAACUCCCAUUUACCAAUCUCAGUGUCAUGGUUUUUGUCGAGGCAUUAUUUGCUAUAGGAUAAAAUUAAAAAGCAGUUAUUGUAUUUUUUGGCAGAAAGGCGAGGGUUAUUGUCAAUAAUGAUCUAUAUUUUCAUAUUUUCUGGGUUAACAUGUUUCUUAGCUUUAAAUUUUGGUUGAAUGCAAUUACUUUGUCUUGAAAUUUAAAAGAGAUUGUGCCAGCAUGAUGCUACCUUAGAGUCUGGCCUCAUGUUUCAUGUGAAAUGUAAGCCGUGGAUGUUAGCAGUUUGAUUGUGUUAGUUUAACAAAGGAAAUUAGAAUGCUUGGUUUAAGCUUCUUU